GAGUGCAGAUUCUCAGCAGCCAGCCAGUCAGCCGCGGCUCCCAGAUGACUCCCACACUGCCUCCGCGAUGUCGCACCGAAGCCUAGUUUUAUCUCCAAAAGCAUCUACCUCAGAUUAGCGGCUGUUUGUGUUUCUGCGGGUGUGCGUGUGUGGAAGCGUGUAUGUCCGAGCUCGGCGUUUGAGCAGUGCGAUGCUGACAACAUGUUUCCUUGUCGAGACGCGGAGCUGUGUGCAGCAUAGAGGAGGCAGCAGAGUGGAGCAGCGUGCACACAUACAGCGGGCUGUUGCAAUAAGGCAGGAUCAUGGAGGCUGGAUGUGUGGUUGCCGCGGUGAUUGAGAAUGCUGCCUCAGGACCCCAGGGAGAACCAGGAAGUAGUGACGUCCUUGAGGGAGAUGUGCUGCCAUUUACAGACGUGGACAAAGUUGACAUUUCACCACAAGCUGGCAAUAGAAAUCCUGCAGAAGAAAAGCAGCCACAGGAGACUUCCACUGCCAUGGUGAGGAGUGAUGACAUCACAGAGCACCCAGCCGAGCCCCUCCUGCGCUCCUGCGUCAGCACGGCCAGCAUGAAGGUCAAGAACAUGAAGAAACUGACAUUCCCCAGAGGUCACUUUCCCAGGUUGGCAGAGUGUGCCCAUUUCCACUAUGAGACGGUCGACUUUGGCAACGUUCAGUUGGCCUUUGCAGAGGGACAGAGUGAAGGACCAAAGACGGGUUUGGACUCCAAAGAGCUGGUGUUUCUGGUUCAGAUUACCUGCCAGGGAAAAAACUGGCUGGUAAAAAGAUCCUAUGAAGAUUUCCGAGUGCUGGACAAACAUCUGCAUCUGUGUAUCUAUGACCGCCGUUACUCUGAGCUCACUGAGCUGCCAAGAUACGACACGAUAAAGGACACUGUUGAGUCAGUAACCAAGAUGUUGGCCACCUACCUGUCCCGCUUCUCAGCCAUCGCUGACAACAAGAUCAACUGUGGCCCGGUGCUAACAUGGAUGGAGAUCGACAACAAAGGGAACCAUCUGCUCGUGUCUGAGGAAGCUUCAAUCAAUGUCCCUGCCAUCGCUGCCGCCCACGUCACAAAACGUUACACAGCUCAGGCCACAGACGAGUUAACCUUUGAGGUCGGGGACAUAGUUUCUGUAAUAGACAUGCCUCCUAAAGAAGACACUGGCUGGUGGAGAGGAAAACAUGGCUUCCAGGUCGGUUUCUUCCCCUGCGACUGUGUUGAGCUGAUAAAUGACAAGAUUCCCCCCAGUGUUCAAAGCUCAGUGCCAAAGCCAGUGUGUAAGAAGCAUGGGAAGCUGGUUACAUUCCUGAGGACUUUUAUGAAGUCGCGACCUCCGCCACAAAAGCUCCGUCAACGUGGUAUCCUCAAAGAGAGAGUGUUUGGCUGUGACCUGGGGGAGCAUCUCCACAACUCAGGACAUGAGGUUCCGCAGGUUGUCAAGAGCUGUGCUGAAUUCAUAGAGAAAAAUGGAGUGGUUGAUGGAAUUUACAGACUUUCUGGGAUCUCCUCCAACAUCCAGAAACUGAGGCAUGAGUUUGACUCUGAACAGGUUCCAGAUUUGACCAAAGAUGCGUUCAGACAGGACAUCCACUCAGUGGGUUCACUAUGUAAACUGUACUUCAGAGAGCUGCCCAACCCUCUGCUCACCUACCAGCUCUACGACAGAUUCUCAGAAGCCGUAUCUGCAGCCACAGAUGAGGAGAGGCUGGUGAAAAUCCACAACGUCAUCCAGCAGCUGCCUCCGCCACAUUACAGGACUCUGGAGUUCCUCAUGAGACAUCUGUCUCACCUGGCCACCUUUAGCUCCUUGACCAACAUGCACACUAAAAACCUGGCGAUUGUCUGGGCCCCUAACCUCCUCAGGUCCAGACAGAUCGAGUCGGCCUGCUUUAGUGGCACGGCAGCGUUUAUGGAGGUGCGUAUCCAGUCCGUGGUGGUGGAGUUCAUCCUCAACAACACAGAGGCUCUCUUCAGCCCUAAACUUAAUGCCAUCAUACGGGAAAGCACUGGUAACAACACUUUAUCCAGACCCAAAUCACUGCUGAUCUGCUCCCCAUCCACAAAAUUACUGUCUUUGGAGGAGGCUCAGGCUCGUACUCAGGCCCAGCUGAGCUCCCCUGCCACCACCCGCCUAACCCACAGCGACUACAUCGAGGUGGGAGAAGGACCAGGAGCUCUUCUCGGCAAGUUCCAUACGGUCAUUGAGCUCCCACUGGACAGCAUCAAGCGGAUACCUACUAAGGCCAAGAAGUCUCCUGUGGGGAACUGGCUCUCCUUUUUCCACUUGGGCAAGUCCCACUCUGUGUCCAAACGAAAAUUGAAGCGACACCCCAGUGAGCCUAAUGAGAUAAAGAGCAUUGCACUGCCAGGUGGAAGAGGAGAUAGUGGUACACUGCGCUCCACCAAAAGUGAAGAAUCUCUCACCUCCUUGCACAAUGUUGACGGGGAACCUCCUAGUUAUCGCCCCCUCAGACCUCGUUCGACAAGUGAGGCUAUUUCAUCUGUCAGUAAAGACGACCUGCGCAUCGGCAGAAGUAAAGAUGACCUCUCAGCUCAUACUGUCCGUACUGCAGCCUAUAUUACAUCUCCGCACCAAGAGGACGAUCUUGACCUUUGCCCCCCGGCAGCAGGCAUCUCAUCCUUGGACUUUGACCCGAUGUCUUUUCAGUGCAGUCCACCUUUAGCAACACCUGGGCAACAACCGAAAAAUGGAAAUAAAUGGAGAAAGAGUGCAGGGUGUUCCAGUGAAUCAGAACCCAUUUCUUCUCCAAACAACAACAUUAGCUACUCUCAGUCUCCAGACAUUAGUCCAGUUCUUGGUAAAGGUGGGAAGAAGGUUACCUCAAAGCCACUCUCCCCUAAACUCAGGAAGAAGUCCUUUAAGACACAAGCAGAUGUUCAGACCGCUUCUGCCUCCACACCAUUUGGAGGGGCAGCAUCCGCCUCUUCGUCAGCCCUGCCCUCCUCAUCUCCCCUGGUGGGGAAGUGUGAAACUCCGGCAGCAGAUGGAAAGGAGCCCAGAGUGUCCUAUCAACACUGCAGCCCACUCAGCACAGUGAGCCAGGCAUCAGGCCUGACAGACCUCAGCCAGUCUGCACAGAACCUGCCUGAUCCAGGAACAGAUAGACUUAUGAGUUCAGUGUCUGUUCUCCCUCCUCACCCUCCCUUGACGAGUGCGGCGCGCAAGUUGGCUUUGGCUCUUGCUGAAUCUGCUCAAAAGGCCAGCAGCGUUUCCCAGCGGAGAAACACCCACAGCAACAUCCCUUCUAACCCUCACCAGAGACUUGAAGCUCCUCAUGCCCAGGACCGACUGCCCCGACCCUCUGUGCUCGAUCUUAAAGUGUACUUACAGGAGUACAAUGACCCUCAAGCCUCCUCCGUCUCCCAGUGGUCUUCAUCGGGGCAUACCGCUAUUGAGAGCCAGUGCGGCCCUCGCCCUGUUCAUUUUCUACCUGCACAUCUCUGCUCAGAGCCGUCGCAGGUGACUGACGGACAGGAAAGCUUGUGCAAUUUCACACCAAAUGUCAGCCCGCUCGGGUCAGGGAGCUUGGAUGAAGGCAGCGGAGAGAUGAGGGACCGCAGAGAGGAAAAAGAGCCCCAGCUUAGAGAUAUGAGGCAUGAUGACACCCAGGCAGAACCCACUUAUCAGAGUGUCGGUGUCUCAACACCCACCCAGCCUGUCUGCUCCCCUCACAGCCCAUCGACGUCUCCCGUAUAUGUGAACACUGACUCUAUCAAUGUCUUUAAUUUCCGCGCGGUUCUGGCUGAGACCUCCAUGCCUGCCUCAAUAGAAGAGGUCCUUCCACGUCCAUUACAGCUGUCCUCAGCUCAUCACUACAGCACAGAAGAGGAAAGACCUUUAGGCUUGGUUGAUGAUGUCUACAGUAAUCAUCAUCAUCAUCAUCAUAGUCGUCCGAUUCAAUCAGGACGAAUGCCUGCCCCUCACUGCCCUCAUCCUGACGCUUUGCCACUUCACCUUUCAGGGCCAAAAAGCAUAUACAGGCAGGCUUCUGACAGCCACUACAGCACUUUAGGUUUAAGGCUCCCUUUGUCACCUCAGACCAGGCGUUACCAUAGAGAUGAGCACCUUAUCAGUGGUUGCCACAGGCAACAAGGUCAAUGGCGGAGGUCAGAAGACAGAAUAAUCGGGCACCCAGCGAUCCGGAGGGCUCGCUCCUUCCAUGCCCCUCAGAUCAGCCACUAUGAGCUGGCAGAGACAGAAGUCUUGCCUCCUGACACCAUGUUUUAUGUUGAGCAGACAUCGAGCCCAGAGACGCCCUAUCAGAGGCUCAUUCAGACUGGUUUUCACCCCCAGUUUGAGAGCUCACGUGCUGACUACCGUUACAACCCUUAUUCAGAUAUGAACCCUGCUGAUGACUCCCGGUAUUAUGUAGAACCCUGCCGGCAAAGUGGUAUCCGACACAGUCAGUCUUAUACUUUACAUUCCUCAAGGGAAAGUGGACAAUCUGAUUACUAUAACUAUACUCCACACUGUGUCCCUCCUGUCAACAGGGAGCUCUACAUAGAAAGCAGAGACACAGUAGUUUAUGAAGCAAGAGAUGCAGAUAUUUUUGAACGAGUUGUAUAUCAACCAUGCAAGCAAGAGAGUAAAAGCAGGCGUAAAAACACCUGUCCAGCUGCGUCUCCUCAUGAAAGUCCUGUCUCACCAACUGGCUUUAGGGGCAGAGAAAUAAUGCACACAAGGAGUAAGUCAGACCCUGGAAACGCCUGCAUCCUCUCCGCUGGCAGGACAGAAACUGGUGUUGUGAUUUCUUCCCCGACUUCCCCAAGGUCUCAACAGGCUGAGGCCCAAGUCACCAGGCAGCGUUGUGGUCACCGAUCCGGUGCGGAGGCAGGACCAUCCAAGCGAAUCCAGAUCAAAGAAAGCUCCCCGCAGCAGCCACAGCUUCGUAAAGUCCCCUCACUCCCAGAGAGGGGCUGUCCCAACCUCAAGAACAUCGAGCACAAUGACAGAAGCCAUACACGGGGUCACGACCAGGAUCGAUUAAUGUUGACCAACACUAGCUACUCUGGUGUUUUGAAACCUGGCAUCCUCAGGAGACCUGGGCGAUCACAGAGCACCAGAGAAAACCGUCACUACCAUCAUUACCACACCAAGUCCCCCUUAGAUCCCGAACACCUGGGAUCCUUUUCCACUCAACCCACCAGAAGGACUCAGAGCACUAAAGUCAGGCCCACAAAGUAUGACCACAUGGAGGGAUAUUAUGCAGCUCCCAGACUUAAACCUGCAAGAUCUGGUAAAGCUAUGGCCGGGUAUUUGCCUGGCCAGGGCUGCAUGUCUCCACACGGGCAGAGACUGCUGUCCAAGGCUCUGGGUCGUGAGGCUUUUUAUCAUGCUGCGCUCAGAUCAGAGGGUGGGGUCUACGAGUGAUUUCUGAUGUCUGGUUUAAUGGAAUUCCCAAUUGUGGCCAAAGGAGAACCGCACUUUAUCCUCUGCCAGACCAACAGACUGUUGAAAGUGUGUUUGUUUUAACCUUCAUGAGCUGCUAAAGAAGUGUGAAUAGAGGCUGCUGCUGUUGGCUUCUGAGCAAGUAAGAUAUUUUGCAAUUUGAGGAAGUUCAAAGGGAACAAAUAAAACAUGCAGAUAUUGUCUUAAUUUUAGAGAUUUGAGAGUAACAUUAAGUGGCUUCUUUGAGAAAGUGAUGGCUGAUAAAUUUUAUUUUGUGUCUAAGCAGUGAGAAAAGGUAAAGUAACAACAGUUUUAUUAAUAUGGUUUUAAAGUACAUAUAAGAAUGUGUAUAAAACAGUCAUUUUAAGUGUAUUAUAUUUGUAUAAAUAACACACUGCUAACAUGUGGCCAAUGUACUGUACAUUUUGUUUUCUAUUCUAGUCUGCUCAGACUUCAACAAGCACUUUUGAGGAUAACUGUGUAUGAACACAUUGUCUUAACAUGGUGGACAUGAAGCCUCUUGAUAUACAGUAUCUAUUUUUUUCUGUAUAAUACAGCUCGCUUUUAAUCAUCUCAAAUAUAAAUUAGCACUUUUGGGGGUGGGGGGGUGGUGAAUAACCUCAUGAUUUCUAACUUUGACACUGAAUAAUGCAAUCAGUUCUGAUUUCUGUUGAAGCUACCACAACAAAAUAUACUAGACAAAAAUGAAAAUAUGCUCAUUUGUUAGGAGAAUGCAUUUUGUAAGACAUUGUGGUUUUGUCACAAAAUGAACAUUUUUUUCCUCUUUUAGGGAACUUUUAACAAUGUGGUGUUUUACAUACAGUCUGAUGUUGUUUUAUUCAUUAAAGAUGCUAUUUCAAAUCUGAACAUGUAGAUGAGGAUAUUCAGUUAAGACAUGUUGAAUUUGUUAUUUUAGUGAGAGUCUUAAAAAUAAAGAUAUAUUAUAACUAA